CCCCGCCCCCGCCGCUAGAUCCGCUGCUGCUGCCGCGGCGGGCGGACUUGCAGGAGGUAGCGGCGGCGGCGGCCGAGGCCGAGGGAAGAUGGCGGACGGUGUGGACCACAUAGACAUUUACGCGGAUGUGGGCGAAGAGUUCAACCAGGAAGCUGAAUAUGGUGGGCAUGAUCAGAUAGAUUUGUAUGAUGAUGUCAUCUCUCCAUCUGCAAAUAAUGGAGAUGCCCCAGAAGAUCGGGAUUACAUGGAUACUCUCCCACCAACUGUUGGUGAUGAUGUGGGUAAAGGAGCAGCACCAAAUGUUGUCUAUACGUAUACUGGAAAGAGAAUUGCAUUAUAUAUUGGAAAUCUAACAUGGUGGACAACAGAUGAAGACUUAACUGAAGCAGUUCAUUCUUUGGGAGUAAAUGAUAUUUUGGAGAUAAAAUUUUUUGAAAAUCGGGCAAAUGGCCAGUCAAAGGGGUUUGCCCUUGUUGGUGUUGGAUCUGAAGCAUCCUCAAAAAAGUUAAUGGAUCUGUUGCCUAAAAGAGAACUUCAUGGUCAGAAUCCUGUUGUAACUCCAUGCAAUAAACAGUUCCUGAGUCAAUUUGAAAUGCAGUCCAGGAAAACUACACAGUCAGGACAAAUGUCUGGGGAAGGUAAAGCUGGUCCUCCGGGAGGCAGUUCACGUGCAGCCUUUCCACAAGGUGGUAGAGGACGGGCCCGUUUUCCAGGGGCUGUUCCUGGUGGGGACAGAUUUCCUGGGCCAGCAGGACCAGGAGGGCCACCUCCACCUUUUCCAGGAAAUUUGAUCAAGCAUCUUGUUAAAGGAACUCGGCCUUUGUUCCUGGAAACUAGGAUUCCAUGGCAUAUGGGGCACAGCAUAGAGGAAAUACCCAUUUUUGGCCUAAAAGCUGGACAGACUCCACCACGUCCACCCUUAGGUCCUCCAGGACCACCCGGUCCACCAGGUCCUCCACCUCCUGGUCAGGUUCUGCCUCCUCCUUUAGCUGGGCCUCCUAAUCGAGGAGAUCGCCCUCCACCACCAGUUCUUUUUCCUGGACAACCUUUUGGGCAGCCUCCAUUGGGUCCGCUUCCUCCUGGUCCUCCACCUCCAGUUCCAGGCUACGGCCCCCCUCCUGGUCCACCACCUCCACAACAAGGACCACCUCCACCUCCAGGCCCCUUUCCACCUCGCCCACCUGGCCCUCUUGGGCCACCCCUUACACUCGCUCCUCCGCCGCAUCUUCCUGGACCACCUCCAGGUGCCCCACCACCAGCUCCACAUGUGAACCCCGCUUUCUUUCCUCCACCAACUAACAGCGGCAUGCCUACAUCAGAUAGCCGGGGUCCACCACCAACGGACCCAUAUGGCCGGCCUCCACCAUAUGAUAGGGGUGACUAUGGGCCUCCUGGAAGGGAAAUGGAUACUGCAAGAACACCAUUGAGUGAAGCUGAGUUUGAAGAAAUCAUGAAUAGAAACAGGGCAAUCUCAAGCAGUGCUAUUUCAAGAGCUGUGUCUGAUGCCAGUGCUGGUGAUUAUGGGAGUGCUAUUGAGACAUUGGUAACUGCAAUUUCUUUAAUUAAACAAUCCAAAGUAUCUGCUGAUGAUCGUUGCAAAGUUCUUAUUAGCUCUUUGCAAGAUUGCCUUCAUGGAAUUGAAUCCAAGUCUUACGGUUCUGGAUCAAGAAGACGUGAACGAUCAAGAGAAAGGGAUCAUAGUAGAUCACGAGAAAAGAGUCGGCGUCAUAAAUCCCGCAGUAGAGAUCGUCAUGAUGAUUAUUACAGAGAGAGAAGCAGAGAACGAGAGAGACACCGGGACCGGGACCGGGACCGUGAUCGAGAGCGCGACCGAGAGCGCGAGUAUCGUCAUCGUUAGAAGUAUAUACCCACAUUUUACAUGGUUCAACUACUUGUUCUGAAUUUAAUCUUCUGGAAACAUCUGAGAUAAAUGACAGGUGAGUAAUAACAGGUAAACAUUUUGACCUCUUAUCCUUGAAUAUUGUGUUGCUUGCUUGAGUUACAGCUUUUAGGUUUCAGGUUAAUGGUCCUAAGAAAUAAUCAAGAGGACUCAUUGUCUACUUCUAAAAAUCUAAAAAUUGGAAUUCUCUUAAUCACAUACAUAGUUUGCAUGUGAUUUAAAAUAUAAAAUAUAGGGAGUUAAUUCAUACUAUAUAUAAUAUGCUUGGACUUUAAAAAAUAAAGUUUUUUACUAACUAACUGAACUAACUUUAUUUAUCCCUAAAAAUUUUAAAGAAAAUCUGACAGUAAAUUAGUUUAUAAUACAGGAAGAAUAUAGGAGGGUGGUUUCUCAGCAUUGAGAAAAACUUUUUUUUUUUUUUUUUAGAAAAGACACUUUUCCUGCCAUCUGGGUUUUGUUUUUAAAAGAAAAGAAACAGUAUUCUUUAAUUUGCAAAGAAGAUAAGAAAGUUACUCAAUUAAAAUGGAUUCAGGGUAUUCCAUAUAGAGAAUUUUAAAUUGUAUCAAAUCAUACAUCCCAGGUUAGAAUAACCUUGAAAUAAUUUUCUUUGAUGUUUCAUUCAUAAACCAUAAUCAUUGUCUUUUAUUUCUGUAUUUUAAAACUAUUGUGUACAUUUUUCAUAAAGCGGGAAGAGUUGUCUGUUUAUACUUCAUUUUCACGUGUAAUUUUAUUUUUAUAUUUGUGAACAGCGUUUAUUCAUGUGAAAAGUGGGGAGAGGGCACUAUAAGGCUUGUGCAUGUGACACAAAGGUUAUUCUGUAAACAGAUUUUUUUUUCUUCAUAUGUUGGUGGCAUAUCCAAAAUAAAUUAGGCUAAAACAAACCCCUUAUUGGUAAUUACUCUUUACAUGAUUAUUUUCCAUAAAUAAAAUUGGGAAAUAUUGAAAAUUCAGUUAUGGUAAUUGUUAGUAUUUAAAUUGUUAUGGGCAAAAUCAAAGGCUUGUAUGUAAUUCUGUGACAAAAUAACAGUUUCUUUAAAGUAGAUAUAUUUUAGCAAACAAGAUCCUUUUUAAGUAAUAUUACUUAGAAAAUAAGCAUGUACGUCCUAUUUUUAUGGUACACAAAUAACCUAUUACAUUAUUUACAGUUUUAAGGGCUUUUUGAAGUAAAAAGGCAAGUUUUAAUACUUUUCCUUGCAUUUUGAAUAUGCAUCUUGAAUAUAUAUCAAAACCUUAAUUUUAAAAUAGUUCUCCAUGUACUGUAUUAUAGAACUUAAUAUAAAUAAUUCUCAAACAUUAUUUUAAUAUGAGGCAAAACUUUUUAUUUUUAAAACUAAGCUUAUUGAAAUUGAUACUGUUUUUGGAUGUAAGAACUGAAUGUUGUAUCAUGUAAGACUAAAUACUAAAUUUUAAAGAUGUAGCCCUCCGCCUCUCCCACUCCCGCCCACCCCACCCCCCAGUUGAAUAGAUCUGAUCCCAUCUUAUGAAAAAAGUCUGUGUCCAUCAGUGCUUAAGGUGAAUUGUGGCCAACUUAGGGAAAUGCUUAACGUAUAUCAGCCAUUUCAUUUAAAGUAAGAUACAGGUCCUUCAAGUUAUAUUUUUAUUUAGACUUUGUCAGUUAUCAGCAAGCUUCUAGUUACUGAAGUCAUGAUAAUGGAACUUGCAUACAUUUUCAGUCAUCUCCAAGAUUGGAUAUGCCCAUCAAGGGCAUUCUGAACCAGUUUAUACCCAAAGUUAAUUAACAAGUCUUCUUAACGGUUUUAGCAUAGUUAAGUAAACUUCUGAAAGGUCCAUUGUUAAUUUUAAAUACUUUGAAUUAACAUUACAUUCCGGUAAUGGGUACACCUAACUAUAUCAUGGUUUGAGUUUCAUUACAUUCAGACAUUAACUAUGAAUUCCUAACUUGCAAACUAUUGUUGACAUUUUUUCUUAAUCACUGAUGUGUACCAUACCAAAAUUCCCAUGUUUUGUUUGUGCAUUAAUCAGAAUUGAGUUGUAAUAUUGUUAUGUGCCUUCAUCCAAGCAAAAUUUUACUUAAGCAUUUCCAGUGCAAAAAAUUCUGUUAUCCUGGAAUAUUGUACCUUUGCUAUACCAAACAGUAUUUAUUGUGAACAUAGACGUGAAUAAAUGGGUAGGGACUGGGAUUAAAUAUAUCUGAGUGAAAAACUUUUUUGAGCAAAUAAAAAAUAUCUGCACAUUUAAUCACCAUCAUAAUGAGGUCUAUUGACCUUUUUUAGAAGUUUUAAAAUAUGAGUCCUUUUGAACUUUCAUGUAAAUCUUAAAUGGACUGAAUGGAAUAAGAGUAACUUGGAAGCUAAAGUGAAUGUCAGUAGUAAGUCUGUAUACAAAUAAAACAAUAAUGUAAUCUAUUAUUAAAGUGAUGAUGAAUGGCUAAAAGGGCGAGUUCUUAAUUUAACUGGAAACUUAAAUGAUGUUGGCAAGCUGUUAAUGUCUGUCCCAUCUUAAUUUUUUUGUGUGUUUGAACUGUUGGUAAUGUUAAUUACAUUCUCUCAUUUAAAAAAUGUAUUAGUUUUUCUAAAAGCAUUUAAUAUCUAAGUUCAAAUAUAUAAUAUUUUAAUGGGAAUAUCGGUAUUGUAAAUUUCAGCAUGUAAAUAUAUUGUGCUUCAUAUUCUGUAAUUUCUGCCUCUAUUCUCAGACCACUCUGAGCAAAACAAAAGUAGUUCAGUGUUUUAAGAUUAUAUGCUUUUUACAGAAAUAAUUUUGUUUUCAUAGUUGUUUUCUUUUGUGUUCCUGUUAUUAUUUGCUGGGAACAACCCUACUCAGCAGAUUUCUGUUAACAGUUCCACUUUUCUUUGUAUACUGAAGAGUAAUGAAAUGAAAUUAUUUUUUUAAAUACUCUUUAUUCAUGCUUUUUCUCUCUCUGACACAUGAUGUUUUACACAUUCUCAAAUCAUUAUCCAUUCCUUUGAUAGAUUUUAAGCAUCAUGUACGGGGUAUAGGUUAAGUAACUAUACUUUCCUUUGCUGUAUGAUUACUUUUCUCCUAUCACAAAUACCAUGAUCUUAGAUUUUGUUGUCAUUGCACAGAAUUUAGGGUGUUUUGCAUUCCUUAUUCAGUUUAUAGCUUUGCAUUAAUUUUGGGGGGAAAAAAAGCCAAAAGAAUCAAAAGUUCUUGCAUAAGUGUUAAGAUGUUUUUAUCUCCUCAAGAGUUAGUGUUACUUUGAGUCUUAUGUGAAAAUUAAAUUCUUCUAAUUAUCUGAUGAAUGAUACUGGUGGUAAUGAGAUUUAAAAAUUAUUUCUGCAACUCUUAAGUCAUCUGAGAUCUGACUAAUACUGUCCAGCCCUGUGUUUAUGGUUUCCCCAUAUAUCCUAACUGCUUCAUCUGGAUAUGCCAGCUCUCACUUUUUUCGCUCUAAUUUUCCUUGCUUUUAGUGUUAUUUGCAAAACCUGCCUGACUACACAAUUGUGUUAAUUAAAGUGAGAAGAGGGUAAGAAGUGAUCCUAGAAUGGAUGUAUAGUGUGUGUUUUGCUCACUGUGGUUUAAGAAUACGGUUUUGUUUACAAAUGAUUAAUGUUCCCUGUUUAAAAAAAAAAAAUCAGUGCCAAUGUGAGUCACCUUGAUCUCUCACCUUCAUCUCAGUGUGAAAUUUAUUACCAUUGUUUUAGCUUGUAAAUUAGAUUGUUUGAAUAAAUAAUGAUAUGAAUGAAUAGUUAGCAUUGUUUAAAGGAAAUCUAAUAACCAAAAAAGGAGUAAGGGUGUCACAUAUGCUGUCCAAAUUUAAUAAUUUGCCUUGGUGGUAGCAUGUUUUAACUCUCACAGUGAAAUCUAAAUCACACAGCAGCUUAUUUUGAAAUGUCCAUUUUGUCAAAGUUUGGGGGCAAAGCUGGGUAUUCUUUAACUGUGAAGUUUAUUUCUACUAUUUAGUGAACUGCCUAGAGCAACAAUCCUGUAUAUGUUUUAUAGUGUAAUGAAAUGCGUUAGUUAAAAUGAGGUAAGUACUAUCUCCAGAGGUGCAAAGAUGAAAGUACGAAAUGUUUUGGUAGUAAGGGAGUUUUUUGUAAACAUCUACAACAAACAGGAUUUUGUGUAGUAUGUUCUAGUCAAUGCAAGAAGGGAUUUUGAUUUUGAAGAGUUCACUUGUAUUUAGAUACUUCUAGUUCUUUUGCCCACUUCAUCUCCUUUCCUCUCAUUAAGAAAAAAGUGAAUUUUAUUAUACUGCGUUAAUAAAAGUAUAUCUCUAAAAUUAUAUUAGAAUCCUUCUAAUUCAGUGUAUUAAUGUGAAAACCUGUAAAAGAUCCAUAUCUAAUAUAUAUUUGAAUCUUGAAAGGUGAAUUAACUGAUACCAAUAAAUUUGCUUGGAUAAGUUUUCUAACAGAAACACUCGUAAUUUGAGUUGUUAGUAUUGACUGGAUCUUGCAUUAUCUCAAAAUGCAGGUGCUUCUCUGUAUUGAAAUUUUAACUUAGUGCUCGCUUUACAUACUUCAUUAAAGAGCCAUAGAUUGUCUGUCUUAGUUUUUUUAACAACUGCUUACAUAGAUCUUCCUUCUAUAACUGAUAGCUAAAGCAAGAAAUUGUGUGGCUUUGACAUUAUAGAUUUGACCACAUGGUAUUCUGAAAACAUGACCGUUGAAUGUAUUUGUCACUUUAAGCUUCUUUUUGAUAUCUUUGUUCAUGUAGAUUUCUACUUAGAAACUUGAGACUAUAAUAUGGAAUUGGGUUAUUGGAAAUGGGUUGUAUUGCCUUCAAAUUUGCUUUUUCUUUUUUUUUUUUUAAGAUUGUAAAAUUUUGUAUUUCCAAAUGGAUAAAUGUAAAGUGUUUAGAAAUAGAAAUAAAAACUGUCAGAUUAUCCCCCAGAUUUUGUCUGUAUGGUGAAAAUUAGAGACUUAUUA